UAUUCAAGUAGGUUCAACUUGCAAAAGGAUUCGUUGGUUGAGUCCGCUUCUGACCUCCUCGUCGGUCUACGGCGUCUUAAAAUCAUUCAAAGUCAAAAGAUACACUCUGAAGUCUACUUGUAAUACCGCCUUUAAUUCCUGUUAUGUCCCUGAGCUCGGAAUCGUCUCCAGACUCGAGCGCCACCACAGUUAAGGAUGAGUCUCUCUCAGAUUAUCCUGAUGAUCCUCAGCUCAAAAUUCGUAUACCGAACCCAAAAAUCUACAUGGCACGCCAGUCAAUGUGGGUAGGACACAGAGGCAAAUUGAGAUGCGACUCAUGUCGUGCUCGAAACUUAAAAUGCGAUAGAGUUCAGCCUGUCUGUAACCAUUGCGCCUGGACUCCAGAUAAGGACUGCAAAUAUACGCCUGUCCCGACACCGUCGCAUAGGGGUGUUCCUCGGUGUCUAUCCUGCCAGCAGCAUAAUCUAAAGUGUGAUCGGGACUUGCCCGCUUGCAAUCAGUGCAAACUGAGGAAUAACGAUCCCCAGUGUGUAUACGCUUCUAAAAGACGAAAACAAUCAGCUGUCGUCGACGGAAGUGUGCGGGCUAACCCGGACGGGCUCAAAGGCGAAGAACAAGAGCCUACGAUUGGUUUACCCGCUGUUAAUCCAGGAUUGUCACAGGACCCACUCGAGGCUGGUGUCUCGACGCAACCUGACGCUAGGGCCGGGACUUCCAGUUCCAGCCAUCCUCCGCGCGUCCAUGAUGCACCACCCCAUACGAUCCCGCCCGUCAUUACAACCACUACCCUGGCAGUCGCUACUCCCCCUGCGAGGAAACUCAAGCCUUGGUUCCACUUAUCCUAUGUUCCCCUUUCGCCUACAAUACGCAACAAAGUUUCAACCAUCGACGCGUCGGUCAUGCCAGACCGGUCCAUAUUUGAACUCAGACUCACCGACUUCCUGUCCACCCUAGUGCCAAAAUUGGCAGAGACUGCCUGUCUCCCUACUUCGACUUAUGCUGAUAUCAACUGCUCACUUUUGAGUGGUGAAGCUCACGGUCUCCCCCCGAAUGUUCUCAUGUGGGUAAACUGCCAUCGAUUGCUACCGGGCUCGACCCAAAAGUAUCUCCUCCUCAAACCACGGGAUUCCGAUGUCCCAACCUCUCCGGUCGAAGAAGCGCAGCUUCUGCAGGAAUAUCAAUUUCGUAUCGACAGCGAUACGACGGACAUAUCCCGCGGACAGGAAGGCAACAUUUUUGACCGUUUGAUUGUCCGUGAACAAUUUUACGAUGUGCUAGUAUACGCACAUCGUGAUCAUGCCACCUCGUUUGCAAUGGUUGACGAAAUUCAAGUCGAACUCGGUAUUAACGGCGUGAGCUGGCCAAUGGCUGACAUAUUUGUGGGGUUAUGUCCACGGUGUUCGUCUCGAAAAAGAACUCGAACGAAUGAUACAGUCAUACAGGAUAUCUCAGCAUGA